UCCGACUCCUCCCAAUCGUCGCUAUUGUAAAAAUGGCGUCUAUCAUGGAGGGUCCACUGAGCAAAUGGACCAACGUCAUGAAAGGUUGGCAGUAUCGCUGGUUUGUAUUGGACUAUAAUGCCGGCCUGCUGUCAUACUACACGUCAAAGGACAAAAUGAUGCGGGGGUCCAGAAGAGGAUGUGUACGACUCAGGGGCGCUGUAAUUGGCAUUGAUGACGAGGACGACAGCACAUUCACCAUCACUGUGGACCAGAAGACUUUCCAUUUCCAAGCUCGGGAUGCAGACGAGCGAGAGAAGUGGAUCCAUGCCUUAGAGGGAACCAUCCUGCGUCACACCCUCCAGCUCCGGGAGGCCGAGACAGGAUUUGUCCCCAGUGUCCAAGACUUCGACAGAAAACUUGCAGAAGCUGACGCCUACCUACAAAUUCUGAUUGACCAGUUAAAGCUAUUUGAUGACAAGAUCAAAGAUUGCAAAGAGGAUGAAUCACGCAGAAAAAUAGAACAUUUGAAAGAGACUACUUGUAGUAUGGUAGAGUCCAUCAAGCACUGUAUUGUUCUGCUGCAAAUUGCCAAGGACCAAAGUAACGAACAGCAACACGCAAACGGACUUAUAAGCACCAUCAACCCAGUGGAUGGGAUCUACCAGCCCCCUCUGGACACUCCAGUAGCCAACACCACAAUGCCAACACAGACCACUCUACCCACAGAUACAUCUCAGGUGUGCAAAUCAGACCAACGGCCCUCAACAUUACCUGUUGGUCCUGUUGUCACAGUGAUGGGCAGUCUUCAGACCCCAACUCCUAAUAGCACAGGGAGCGGCCCAUCAGGCCCCAACAGUGGCGUCACCUCCCCAGCUCACAUCCCCCUUCCCUUGCACUCAGUGCCAGACUUCUCGUAUUCGUCCAGCGAGGAUGAAUUCUACGACGCAGACGAGUUCUACCAGAGCACCACGUCCCCCAAACACUGCAUGAAUCCCCCAGGGGGCCCAGCUGCCUCACCCCUCAAUAAUCAAGAACCAACGUUGAAAAGACCGGAAACAACAGAGUCCCUCAACUCGUCCAUGUCCAAUGGCAUCACGGAUGCAGAUCCAUUCGAUACCCAUGACGAUCGUGACGAUGAAGGCGAGGGGGAGUCAGUGGAGGAGCACAAAAGUGUCAUUAUGCAUCUACUCUCCCAAGUCCGUUUGGGCAUGGAUCUCACCAAGGUGGUGUUGCCUACUUUUAUCCUUGAAAGGAGAUCUUUGUUAGAAAUGUAUGCUGACUUCUUUGCACAUCCCGACUUAUUUGUAAGUAUCGCAGAGCAGCCAGAGCCCCGUGAGCGCAUGGUCCAGGUGGUCAAAUGGUACCUCUCUGCCUUCCAUGCGGGCAGGAAAGGCUCUGUGGCCAAGAAGCCCUACAACCCCAUAUUGGGAGAGGUCUUCUUCUGCCAUUGGGAUUUGCCUUGCAAGACUGACGAGCCGCCAACACACAUUGACACACAAUCAGAAGGUCCUGUCCCAUGGUCUUCAGCAAACAGUAUCAGUUUUGUGGCAGAGCAGGUUUCUCAUCACCCACCUAUUUCUGCAUUCUACGCAGAAUGUUCGAGUAAGAAGAUCCAGUUCAAUGCUCACAUCUGGACCAAGUCUAAAUUCCUGGGCAUGUCCAUAGGUGUUUAUAAUAUUGGCCAAGGCUGCGUGUCAUGUUUAGAAUAUGAUGAACAUUACAUCCUCAACUUCCCUAACGGAUAUGGCAGGUCCAUUCUGACUGUGCCCUGGGUGGAGCUAGGUGGCGAGUGCAACAUCUCAUGCUCCAAAACGGGCUACAGUGCAAACAUUGUGUUCCACACCAAACCGUUCUACGGAGGCAAGAAGCACAGAAUCACAGCUGAGAUUUUCGCACCGAAUGAUAAGAAGUCUUUCUGCUCUAUUGAAGGCGAAUGGAAUGGAGUGAUGUAUGCCAAGUGGGCCACUGGAGAGAACACAGCAUUCAUCGACACAAAGAGGAUGGACAUCAUUAAGAAGAAAGUGAGGAAGCUGGAAGACCAGCUGGCGUACGAGUCUCGAAGGUUGUGGAGAGAUGUGACGCUGAACCUAAAGCUCAAAGACAUCGACUCUGCAACAGAAGCCAAACACCGGCUGGAGGAGAAGCAGAGAGUGGAAGCCAGAGAGAGGAAGGAGAACGAGCAGCAGUGGGAGACCAGGCUAUUCCACGAGGACGGGGAGUGUUGGGUGUACGACGAGCCGCUUUUAAAGAGACUAGCCUCUCCAAGGCAGUGAAUGGAGUGACACACAAUACAAACACACAUGCAUUAGGUAUCGUACACAUUGCAGAGUCUUCAUAAGAACUCUUUUGCAACUUUCUUCUCCAAGCCUUUGACUGACUGACGGCUGAUGGCUUUCUGUACAGAGCUUUGCAUUCGACUGUAAAAAGAACGGCAAUGAAUGAUCUUAAAUGAAAAGCAGCUAAAGAUCUUCCAAGGUGAUUUAGUAACUCCUUCAAGCGGGUGCCCUCUGGUGGUGAUUUUUGCCUCUGCGUUCCAACUGAGGCCACUUCCUUCAUAGGUUUUUGUAGGGUCUUGACAUCGAACAAUAAUCUUAACACAUAUAAAACAAAGCUUGGCAUCUCAGGGAAUCUGGUGACUGAAGAAAGCAAGCCGCAGCCCCCUCAAAAUGUCAGACAGCCUUAUUGUUGUUUGUGGUAUGGAUAAACCUUAACUCGGUGGGGAAGGACAUUCUAUGCUUGCCUGCAACUCGUUAUAUAGCUUGUUUAUAUAUAAAUAUAGAUAUACGUAUGAGACAUAUAAUAUUCUUUUUAUUUUAUUUUAUUAACUUUAUUUUUUUCUGACAAUAGUGUAAAAUAUUUGCGCAUAUUGAAAUGUCACAUCUUAAGGUACCAAUCAUGUUUGCUGUUCUGCUCCCAUUUCAAUUUAGGUGUCAUUGUCUACAGUGUAAUCUUACACAGUAAAGCCCCACAGGAGCCAUAUAGCAGCCAAUGAAAUAUAAUAUGUAAUCUAGUGGUAAUCAACAAUGUUUGGGAGAGAAGGCUUAAGAGACUUUGAUGUGCACACAGAACAAACAAUGUUUUUGUCAUCUGGAAGUAUUUACUGUAUGAACAAAAGAUUGUGGAUUUGUUUGUUUUUUUCCCAGACCACUUGCCCAUGUCGAGGAUAUUUUUUUCACGUUGAAUCGAUCGCCUUGCUCGGGGAAGGAAGAGGGUGUGACCGACCAAAAAAAAAAAACGGUUUUUGCGAAUUCUGCUGUUUUUUUAUAAUCGCUGCUACUUCACGAUGAGGGUGAUGCUUUUCCGACGACACCUGAACUGUUUUUUUUUCUUCCAAAAAGUUUUUCAUUCCUUUAUUUUACAGUAACAUAGAAGUUGGACUGAAAUGCAAUGGAUGAGAUACAAUAAUAAACAAAUUUCACCUGA